ACAGCCAAUAAGGUCAUGUUCCUGUUCUCAGAAGGCUACCAGCCCCUGAAGGUCCCACAGUGGGCCCAAGCCUUCGUGCUUCUCCUGGGGGGCAUGGAAGUCGGCCUGUCUUACUUCCCCUUCUUUGCCUGCCUGUCCUCAGAGUUCCGGCUGGUCAGCUCCAUUCUGGGCUUCAGCUACUCCCUGACCUGGUUUGUGCUCACCAUUCUUCAGAUCUCACAGUGUCCCCAUGGGCAGUUUCUAGGAAGGUUCGAGACCCUCAUUUUCUACUGGCCCUCACUGCUGUGCCUGGGUUUCCUGCUUGGUCGCUUCCUGUACAUGUUCCUUAAAGCUCUGCCAACCCACCUGGGCCUGGAGCCACAGGCAGAAGAGAAGUCCGUGUUGGAGGCCCACCAGGCAGAGCAUGUGAAGCGGCUCCUGAGAAAGCCCCGCCCGCAAGAAGGAGAAAAGUCUUGGUUUCAAGCCAGGGUGUAUGAGUGGGACCCCUGUUUCCAGUUCCCCAGCAGGAUGAUUGGGACCCUCGUGCUGGCAUUCAUCUGCCUGUACCUUUUCAUCGUCAUGGAGUUCUGUGUGUUUCUACUUGUGAGAGACGAGCUGGAUAUAUUUGAAGACAGGCUGCAGAGCUACCUCAGCCACAUGAAUGAGACAGGGACCUUGACCCCCGUCAUCCUACAGGUGAAAGAACUGAUCAGCGUCUCGAAAGGAGCCUGGGUGGUGACCAUUUUCCCUGCCUCCCUCACGUGCAUCAGCUACCUCUUCCACAUUUUGGCCUGUUACAGAAAGCACAUGAAGAGGCUGUGGGCUGGAGACAAGGACUUCCUCCCUCAGAAGUUCCAGAGUCCCUCCUCAGCAGCGAGUGUGGUGGCCAUUGCAAGGUACUCUGGCUGGCAAAUAGCCUACAUCCUCUGGGGCUACCUCAUCAUCCAUGUGGUCCAGAGUCUCUGUGGUGUGAUGCUCAUGUACAGUCUGGUGCUGCCCAUCCUCCACCACCAAGGUCUGGAGAUGCUGCGAGGGCUGGGCCUUGGGGUCCUCACCCUAUCUGUAGUCGUGGGCCUCGUGGUCCUGCAGGUGUGGAUCGCUGGCAGAUUCUUCCUGCAGCCCAAGCUGGGCACAGCAGACAAGCAGAAGCCCCUGGCUCUCCACAACAGGAGAGCGUUCCACAACUUCAACUACUUCCUGUUUUUCUACAACGUGCUGCUGGGCCUGGGUGCCUGCCUCUUCAGGCUGCUCAUCAGCUGCCUCCUGGGCACAUGGCUGAUUGCACGCAUUGACAGGACCAUCAUGCAGAGCGGCUACGAGGAUGCAGACAUGGGCUUCAAGGCAUGGGUUGGCAUGCUCUUUGUGGACCAUUAUCACACCAACCCUGUGCUGGUCAGCUUUUGCCACAUCCUGAUCACAAGCCACAGGGAUCGGAAGCUGCAGAAGACCAUGAAAUACUGGUACCUGAACCAAUCAGCAGGUCCCCGAGUCUCAGCCAGGGCCCAGAUGAGGUGGCUCCUGCUACAGACACUGGUCAACAACCCCAGGCUCAUUGUGCUGAGAAAAUCAAAAUCGGGGCACGGUUCCCGAGAGUUCGCACAGAUCCUGCCGACCUGCUCGGAUUGCUGAUUGGGCCACCAACUUCUGCUCCAAGGCCAGGCCAUCUGCUGUGUGAGCAGGAGGCCCGAGGCAUUCGAUGAUGGUGUCCAUGUAGCACAUUGGGUGCAGGUGCUGAAAGAUGGUGGAACCCAUUCAAAAGACACGAGUGUCAGGCUAUGAGGUGUGGGCAUUGUCCCUACGCAGAGCCCAGCACUUACCCAAAUCUUCACGCUCAAAAAUGGCCCAGGACUAAGCCGGGCGGUGGUGGCGCACGCCUUUAAUCCCAGCACUCGGGAGGCAGAGCCAGGCGGAUCUCUGUGAGUUCGAGGCCAGCUUGGGCUACCAAGUGAGUCCCAGGAAAGGCGCAAAGCUACACAGAGAAACCCUGUCUCGAAAAACCAAAAAAAAAAAAAAAAAAAAAAAAUGGCCCAGGACAGAAGCAGUCUGAUGGCUGAUAGUCCCUCCCGAACCUGAACAAGUGCUGUGAGGACCCAAGGUCUCAGAGCGCUUGCACCUGGGCUCUGUGUGCACUUGGUCCUGCUGGUGCUCAUGCCGGGAUUGUCCCUUUUAGCUGAAUCUCUACAACGGCUCUUGGACAAUUUUUGCUUCUAGAAGCUGAUAAAAUGGAGAACACACACACACACAUCACUUUCUACCUCUGGCUAAAUGACUUUGUCUUUCUCUAUUCACAGAUAUCUGUAUCUACAAAAGGGGGGCAACACCCCCACUCCGGGGAUUAUCAUGAGAAUAAAAUUGUUCAAAGCACACACCUUUAAGCUUGUGCCUGUCACUUUAAACUCUCAAAGGCAGAGAGAUCCGACUGGUUGUCUCUAUGGUUUGAGUGCAGGCAGGGUCUCCUGUGGUGAUAUUUUGUGUAUGCUCUAACAAAUAAAGCUUGCCUGAAGAUCAGAGGGCAAAACCAGCCACUAGCUAGCCAUAGAGGCCAGGCAGUAGUGGCACAUGCCUUUAAUCCCAGCACUGGGGAGACUGAAACAGGAAGUGAUAUGGCUGGGCGGGAAUAUAAGGCGGGAGGAGACAGGAGCUCUCUCCUUUGGAGUUGGUGAGGUGAGAGGUGGCUGUGGCUUGUUCCUUGGUCUCUCUGAUCUUUCAGCAUUUACCCCGA